AUGGCCCAAAUCGCGAGAAACGUUGCCCUCCUAGGCGCUACAGGAACGCUGGGUUCUCACAUUCUCACUGCCCUGAAAGGAGCUGGAUUCUCUGUCACUGCCGUCCAACGCAAGGAGUCCACAAAGGCUGUUCCUGAAGGUAUCAAGUCCGUCAAGGUGGACCUAGCCAACAAGGACGACCUUGUAUCGGCUUUCAGGGGACAAGAUGCAGUCGUAAGUGCUGUGCCGAAACCUGCUCUCUUGACAGAGAAGAUCAUGAUCGACGCAGCCAUCGAGGCCUCGGUGAAGCGCAUCAUCCCAUCGGAAUAUAGCACCAACCUCGAAUCACCUUUGUCCCGGAAGUUGCCCAUUGUCACUGAAAAGGCAAAGAUCCGCGAGUACUUGACCAGUGUUAUUUCAUCCACCGACUCACCCACGACGUGGACUUCGAUCAACAACGGUCCCUUUUUCGAGAUGUGCCUCAGAUUUGGGGUGUUGGGCCCCAACCUCCGAGAGAAGAAGGCCACCUUUCAUAACGGAGGUAAUAACAUGAUUGGCACAACAACUCUGCCAGAUAUCGCUACUGCCGUUGCCAAGGUCCUCGACUCUGCGCACUUCGCCGAAACUGCUAACCAACCCGUGUACAUUUAUUCCGCUGCCGUCAGCGAACGUCUCCUCACCGAGUUGGCAUCCAAGGUCACGGGCAUUGACUUUGGCACUGUGAAAGACGGAAGGAUCGCUGACCUCGACGUCGACGAGCUCGUCCGCGACUCUGAUGAGAAGAGAAGCAAGGGAGAUAUGUCUGGAAUGUUUAACUAUUAUUACCAGAUGAUGUAUGGAAAAGGCUAUGGUGGUACGGAUUUCAAGGAACUAUCGUGGAAUGAUCGGUUGGGGCUCAAGUCGAUGACGGAAGAGGAUCUUGAGGGGGAAAUCAGGACCGCCGCGGUCGAGUUUGGUCUUAUCUGA